AUUUAAUUCGUGCUUCAGGAUCUACCCAAAUCGAGAACGAUGUCGGAGGUUCAAAUAAUAUCCUCCGAACAAGUAAAAUUAAAAAAUUAAAAAUAAAGAAACGAAGAAAAAACAAUUAAUAGAAGUCUCGAUUCUUAUUUUCUUCCAAGACGGCAAUAUCAAUUAGUCUAAUUGAAAGCCAUGACCUCGCCGCAAGAAUAAUAGGUUAUACUCAAAUAUGCGUGGUUGCAUAACAAGGACGCUGGCGACCAGAGCUGGAUUCGCAGCUCGUCGCCAUCAUGACGCCUUCUACCAUGUGAUGCGCCCGCCAGUAACCCGCUCUUUCACAGUUUUGCCCCGACGUCCACAGAGCGCAUUUCACUCUCAGAUAGAAGAUCCCUCCUCCUCGGCCAUACUCGCUUCCUUCAACGCGCCCUCCCCGACCCCGCAAACCCUUACCGAGAAGAUCGUACAGAGGUAUUCGUUAGGCCUUGCACCUGGGAAGAAGGUGAAGGCAGGCGAUUAUGUCACUCUAUCCCCUCACCACUGCAUGACGCAUGAUAAUUCAUGGCCCGUUGCGCUCAAGUUCAUGUCAAUUGGCGCCUCCAAGAUCCACGACAACAAGCAGAUUGUCAUGACUCUCGACCACGACGUGCAGAAUAAAAGCGAAACAAAUCUUAAAAAAUACCAACAGAUCGAGAAUUUCGCUAGGCAACAUGGUGUCGACUUCUAUCCUGCUGGGAGGGGUAUCGGCCAUCAAAUUAUGGUCGAAGAAGGUUACGCGUGGCCGGGCACUGUUACCGUCGCCUCGGAUAGUCACAGCAAUAUGUAUGGGGGUGUAGGUUGUCUUGGUACUCCGAUAGUGCGAACCGACGCGGCCAGCAUCUGGGCUACCGGCAAAACCUGGUGGCAGAUUCCUCCGAUUGCCAAAGUCACUUUCACAGGAAUUCUCCCCCCCGGUGUGACCGGAAAGGAUGUCAUCGUUGCCUUGUGUGGUCUAUUUAAUAGUGACGACGUGCUGAACCACGCGAUCGAAUUCACCGGCUCCGAAGAAACCAUGUCAAGCAUACCUGUUGAUGACCGGCUCACCAUUGCUAACAUGACUACUGAAUGGGGCGCCCUGACGGGACUUUUCCCUAUUGAUUCGGUCUUAAAGACGUGGUUGCGCGCCAAGGCUACCACGUCCGCCGUCCUAGGUGAUGGUAUUGCGUUGAACCAAUUCGCCCAUACGAGAAUCGACGACCUUGUCCAAAACCAAUUGACCACUGACCCCGGCGCUACAUACGCCAAGUCUCUCUAUUUGAACUUGUCCACUCUGUCACCGUUCGUUUCAGGGCCGAAUUCUGUCAAGGUUGCCACUCCUCUUCGCGAUCUAGAAGCGAAGGAUAUAAAACUCAAUAAAGCCUAUUUAGUCUCGUGCACUAAUUCGAGGGCCUCGGAUCUAGCUGCCGCUGCGAGGGUAUUCAAAGAGGCUGCUCUCAAUGGAACGGAACCGAAAGUAGCUCCCGGUGUGAACUUUUACAUCGCUGCUGCGUCUCUCACGGAACAGCAGGUGGCUGAGGAGACUGGCGAUUGGCAAGUGCUCUUGGAUGCCGGCGCGCAACCCUUGCCAUCCGGUUGUGGGCCUUGUAUCGGCCUCGGCACUGGCUUACUUGAGCCCAGUGAGGUCGGCAUUAGCGCUAGCAACCGCAACUUCAAGGGGCGUAUGGGCUCGACCGAAGCCAAGGCCUAUCUUGCGAGCCCCGAAGUCGUCGCUGCUAGCGCAUUGCAAGGCAGGAUUGCUGGCCCUGGAUGGUAUCAGAAGCCUCAAGGCGUGGAGAAAGUUAUCAUUGGCGAGGGCAACGGUAAUGUCGAGCAAGACAAAGCUAUGAGUAUCGAGGAUGCAUUGGAGAAGAUCAUCGCGCAAGCAGACAGCAUCAUAUCUGGUGUGGAGCAAAACGUAGCCGGUGGCGAGGCUUUAGAGUCCAGCAAUGGUGAAGAGACGCUUACGGACAUUCUUGCUGGCUUUCCUGAAAAAGUAGAAGGAGAGAUUGUUUUCUGUGACGCCGACAAUAUAAACACAGAUGGUAUUUACCCGGGAAAGUACACAUAUCAGGAUAAUGUCUCCGUUGAAAAAAUGGCUGAAGUUUGCAUGGAGAACUAUGACAAGAACUUCCGAGAGAUCGCAAAGCCAGGCGACAUCCUCGUCGCAGGUUUUAAUUUUGGAUGUGGUAGCUCACGCGAGCAGGCUGCCACUGCUAUCCUUGCCAAAGAGAUUCCGCUUGUUGUCGCGGGCAGCUUUGGCAACAUAUUUAGUCGUAAUAGUAUCAACAACGCCUUGAUGGGUGUCGAGGUACCAAGAUUAGUACAGAGACUACGUGAAACGUUUCGAACCGGGACAGACGGAGAAAAGGCGCUGUCACGACGGACAGGCUGGAAAUUCCUCUGGGAUGUUCGACGGAGCAAGGUCACAGUUACGGAAGGCGAGGGUGGCCAAGUAUGGAGUCAAAAGGUGGGUGAAUUGCCUCCAAAUGUACAGGAAAUUAUUGCUCGUGGUGGGCUUGAGAAGUGGGUUAAACAUCAAAUCUCAUCGACAUAGCGUAGAUAUACCUGUGUUAUCUAGUGUACAUCCCUGUACAUAACUCCCGUACAUAGGUUAGGUAGAGAAGGAGAAGGAAAAGCAAAAAUAUCCACCCGCCCACAGAUAUAAAUCUCCUUUCUUGUGCAGAGCAGGCGAUCCGUCACUUUGAACGAUUGUUACCU